AUGGCGGAAGAUCAUCCAGAAACCGCAGCUUCUACUGGCCAUAAUGGCCGUUCUUCCACCUCUGGAAAUCCCACUACUGUCCCCCGUGGUGGAGUUCGCCUGAACCAAAUCGCAGAGUCAUGGGAAGAUGAAGACCUCUCUUCUGAAGAGGAGCAAGAUAGCGAUGCUGAGACAACUAUCACUGCUCCGCCUAGCUCUUCUCCCGCAGCAAGUAGCUAUGUUGGAUCUCAAGUCCCACCGCAUCAUGGCAUACGCGCUCCUCCACCUACGCCAAAUGUGUCCCGCCAGUCUAGCUGCCGUUCUACUACCAGCACUGCCUCGCACAGCUCAUCUACAUAUGGCAAGCGUCCAGAGAAGCAGGCUGCUGUGGCCAACCGCAUGAUUGCUAGUGCUUUGGGUAUUCGCUCUACUCGCACUGAAGCCCAAAAAGCAUAUGACAGGACUAUGCUUGCCAAUGAAAAGAAGCGCCGUGAACAAGAGAAGAUUGCAGAAGAGAAGAGGAAGGCGGAUGCUGAGAAGGCUAAAGCGGCCAUAUGGGAGUCCUGA